AUAAAAGCACGGCCCUCUGUCCAGCAGUGCUCAUCAAACCACCACUUCUCCUUCACUCACAACAACAGCGCAAGCUCCUCUACUAACACUCAGUUACCCAAUCUAUUAUGCCUGGCCUUACUACCCUCCCGCCAUUCCCCGACAACGUUCCCACUCAUGCCCUCCUGAUCAUUGACUACCAGCUCGUGAAGGCUGGCGACCAGGAAGAGAUUGAUAAGUUCUGGAAGGCCGCGACGACGCUCGGCUUCUGGUACUUGAAGAAUCACGGUGCAGAUGAACUAGUCACCCAGAUGUUUGACAUGGGCUCCGAGACCAUGGAUCUACCCUUCGAAGAGAAACUGAAAUUCGAGCAAGGCGACAGUGGCAUGUCAUUUGGAUACAAGGCACCCGGUGCUAAUGCGACUGACGAGACCGGCGCACGCGACACGGUCGAGUUCAUCAACAUCUCGCAAGACGAUGCGCUCGCCUGGCCAAAACCCGUGCACCGUACCUACCCCUCCACCGUCAACGCCCGCAUGGAGCACACCAUCCGCCCCUUCGUGCAGCACUCCGCCGAGGUGAACCUCGUGCUCAUGGAGGUCCUCGCGAAGAAACUCGGGUUCAGAGAAGGGCUCCUCGCGGAGCAGCACCGGCUCGACGAGACCAGCGGGAGCGAGACGCGCUGCAUCAAGAACCCCCCUCGCCCUGGCGGGAUCUCCGAAGAGAAGGCGGCACUCGGUGCGCACACCGACUUCGGCUCCAUGACCUUCCUCCACAACCGACUCGGUGGCCUGCAAGUCAUGCCCCCAGGCUCUGACAAGUGGCAAUACAUCAAGCCAAUCCCGGGACACGCCGUCUGCAACCUCGGCGACGCUAUGUAUAUCUUCAGCGGCGGGAUCCUCAAAUCGAAUCUACACCGCGUCGUCCCCGCCCCCGGCGCUCAGGCGGCCCUCCCGCGCUGGUCGCUCGCGAUGUUCACGCGCCCGGGCGACAGCGUCGUCCUGCGCGCGCUGACGGAGGAGAGCGAGAUAGUUGCGGACGCGGUGAAGAGCGCGGAGGACACGAGUGUCUUCGAGAACAACCAGACGAGCAAGGAGUGGUUCGCGAGAAGGAUCAAGUAUCAGCGCAGUAAGAACCAGAAGGGUCCGGAGACCUGGCGCCAGAGUCGCGGGACUGAACAUCGUCCUGAUGCUGCUUGAGGGGUAACCACGACAUGUGAACAGAAGUCUCGGCUUGACGGAUGGACAUAGACGUCUUAGCGUGUACGAAUGGCAUGUAUCUUACGAUCAUAUACUAAGUUCAGUCAAGCAAAAAUGUACUUAUCACGCA